AUGGCAGCUGAAAUAGAUCACAAAACAUUGACCGUCAAUGGGAUCCGAAUGCACGUGGCGGAAUCCGGCCGCGGCCCGAUAAUCCUGUUCCUCCACGGCUUCCCCGAGUGCUGGUACACGUGGCGCCACCAGAUAAGAUUCUUCGCCAGCCGCGGCUAUCGAGCCGUGGCGCCGGACCUCCGGGGCUUCGCCGACACCUCCGGCGUGCCGGCAUCAGUUCCGGCGGCGUUCACCUCAAUCCACGUGGCCGGCGAUCUCGUCGCGCUAAUCGAGGCGGUGGCCCCGCCGGGCGAAGGGAAGGUGCUUGUGGUGGGGCACGACUGGGGAGCGUUGGUUGCCUGGAGCUUGUGUCUGUACAGGCCCGACAAAGUCAACGCGCUGGUCAACUUGAGCGUGCCCUUCAGCCGGAGGAACCCGGGCCGGAAGCCGCUGGAGACACUGCGCGCGGUUUAUGGAGAUGAGUACUAUAUUUGCAGAUUCCAGAAACCAGGAGAAAUAGAAGAGGAGUUUGCCCAAAUUGGUGUCAAGAAUGUGGUGAAGUAUUUCCUGACAUACCGCAACCCGGGCCCACUUUACCUUCCAAAAGGCAAGCCUUUUCCUGAUAAUCCAAUCAGUUUGCCUUCUUGGCUCUCUCAAGAAGAUGUUGAUUACUAUGCUACCAAGUACGAGGCCACUGGCUUCGCUGGUGCCUUAAAUUACUAUCGGGCACUUGACAUGAAUUGGGAGCUAACAGCGGUUUGGACCGGAUGCCAAGUUAAAGUCCCGGUGAAAUUCAUGGUGGGGGAUGAAGACCUGACGUACAACGCCCCAGGGGCAAAAGAGUACAUUGAGAAGGGAGGGUUGAAGAAAGAUGUGCCGAUGCUGAAGGAAGUAGUUGUGCUGAAAGGGGUGGCUCAUUUUAUCCAUGAAGAGAAACCCGAUGAAGUUAAUGCUCACAUUCUCUCUUUCUUAAAAAACUGCUCUACUCACAAUUGUUCGGCAUUGUGAUCUUGAUUCCGAUUCUUAUUCAAAAAUUGGCCUUUUAUGUUUGGAUAUGGGCAUGCCCAUUAACAAUGUAAAUGUGAUUGGUCACUAGACG